CUCGUUCUUCUUCCUCCAUCUCAUCCUGCCUAGCUAGAGCUGCCUCCAUGAAGCUAGCAGCUGCCUGCACUUCGAUGGAGCUGAAGGCUAAGCCGGCGAGGCGCGGAAAGAGGACCAGGGCAAGCGGCGGCACAGCGGUACCGGUGAAGAAGGAGUUGGAGAAGGAGAGGAGGCAGCGCAUGAAGGCGCUCUGCGAGAAGCUCGCGUCCCUCAUCCCAAAAGAACACUUCCCCCACACUGAUACAAUGACCCAGCUAGGCAGCCUGGAUGUGGCGGCAUCAUACAUCAAGAAGCUCAAGGAGCGGGUCGAUGAGCAACAACACAAGAAGACCUCUAUACAAGCCAUUGCUACCUUACUAGGAGUUAGUGGCAUCUCGACUCCCAGUAUCACCGCUACCACGAGCGGUGGCGCAGGGUCACAAGGAGGAGAAAAAUUGGAGGCAUGGCCACUAAUGGUGGAGGUGCGGCAACCCGGCGAUGCAAGCAUGGAGGUGAGACUGAUAUGCAGCGCGGAGAGGCCUAUCAAGCUCCAUGAGGUGAUCACCAUUCUUGAGGAAGAAGGAGCCGUCAUCAUCAAUGCUAAUCACUUUGUUGCUGCCCACAGAAUAUUCUACACUAUACACUCCCGGGCCUUCAGCACUAGAAUUGGCAUAGAUGUUUCAAGAGUUUCCGAACGUCUGGGAGCAUUGGUAUUAUAGUAAGUCGAUUUGUGUAAAAAGGGAAAAAUCACUUAACUGUAUAAAAAAACAUCCCACAAAUGGUACAUGAUGUCUAUUCAUUAACUGACUAUGAUUAGGGAUGGAAACACAUUAACUAGCUAGUAAAGGUGUUGAACUCACAACAUGAUUAAUGUAUGAAAAAAUAUGUUGAUCAAUCUUCGA